AUGAGCAAAUCCAAAACUCAAAGAAAACCUACCAUUACCAAACACAUAAGCCAAAAAGAAAACCAAAAGCCACAUAAAACAGAGAAACAACCCUCUUGGGCAGUUGUAAGAGGCUUUUUAGCUUGUAAGAAUGUUGAAAUCCAAAAACAACAGCUACAACUGAAGGAAACAAAACAACCACAACCACAACCACAACCUAUAACAGAAACAAAGGAACAUAGGAAGCUGAAAGAGGAAGAAAGAGUUCCAGAAGAAAACAACAAGAAAUGCAAGAAGAUGAAAUGUUCAGGUUCUCUCUGCAACAACAGUACUGGUGUCAUGGCGAAACCCGAAACAACAACUUUGGAAAUUCAUAAGAAAAAGGCUUCAUUUGGUGGAUACAAAAACAAUGAAGCUUCUAGUUCUAGUAGAUCCAUGAAAGCUCCUCUGAAUGAAAUCAACGGAACUGUAUCAGCCUCUUCUUCUUCGCUUUCUGCAGCAUCUUCUAACUCAUCUGUAGCUGGUUCUUUCNNNGGAAUGCCGUUUAGGAGACUCUCCGGUUGUUACGAGUGUCGAAUGGUGGUUGAUCCUGUUCUUGGUUUCACAAGAGACUCUUCUUUAAGAAGUUCCAUUUCUUCUUGUCCUGAUUGUGGUGAGAUCAUGAAAGCUGAAAGCCUUGAACAUCAUCAAGCUGUCAAACAUGCAGUUUCUGAGCUGGGUCCAGAAGACACAAGCAAGAACAUAGUCGAAAUCAUAUUCCAUUCAAGCUGGCUAAAGAAGCAAUCACCAGUAUGCAAAAUCGACCGAAUCCUUAAAGUCCACAACACUCAAAAAACCAUAACAAAAUUCGAAGAGUACAGAGACUCAAUCAAAGCCAAAGCCACAAACCUCUCGAAAAAACACCCAAGAUGCAUAGCGGACGGCAACGAGUUACUAAGGUUUCACUGCACCACAUUCAUGUGUUCAUUAGGCCUAAACGGAUCAUCAAAUCUCUGCAACUCAACACCGCAAUGUAAUGUGUGCAGCAUUAUAAAACACGGGUUCAAGAUGAACGGUGGAGAUGGGAUAUUAACGACCGCGACGAGUGGGAAAGCACAUGACAAAGCAACAAGUGUUUUGGUUUGUGGAGGUUGUGAUAAUAAUAAUAAUGAGAGUGGUGAUGAGAAGAGGGCAAUGUUGGUUUGUAGGGUAAUAGCUGGGAGAGUGAAGAAGAAUAACAUGGAAGGUGGUGGAGGUAUGGAAGAGUGUGAUUCUGUUGCUGGUGAUGUUGUUGGUGCUUAUUCUAAUUUGGAUGAGUUGUAUGUGUACAAUCCUCGAGCUAUUUUGCCUUGCUUCGUUGUAAUCUACAGAGGAUUUUGAUUAUGUGUCUUGGAUUUUUGUUGGAACUUUCUUUGCAAUACUGUCAUGUCACUUGCUGUGUUUUUUAUAAAUAUUUUUUGAGCUGUUGUUUAGCUAAACUUGGAUCGUUGGCGUUUUAUGUUGGUAGUAGUACUACAUUUUUGUAGUAUUAAGGUCCUUAUAGAUGCACCAUUAUACUGCAGCUGUGGAAGAUCCAAUUUUAUUUUUGUAUGCAUAUGUGGGUAUCACUCCCUCUCCAAUCAAUGGAAAGCCUUAAGCUGGCAUUGUAUAAA